GCGGGCGUGGCUAGGAGCGCGGGGAGGCGGGGCCCAAACUGCACGAGCAGUUGCUGCGUGCUGAACUCAGCAGAGAGUAAUGGAAUGAGCCUACCAGUACAAUGAGGACGAGCGACAGAUCGCAGCGUGGAAACUAAACUACAAAACUGUCUAAACUUAAGGAGCACUGUGUAAAGCAAGAGGGUAAAGCACACCUGGAGAAACAGCAAAAAUUAUAAUAAGUCAAUAAAUCCAUAAACAAGAGGUUGACAUAUAUACAAUUUCCCUCUGGAGAAGGAUAUGUUGCUGGACAUGUGAAAAAAAAGGAAUUAACUCCCCCAAAAUGAAGCUAUCCACUCUGAGCUUUAUCGGCUUUGUGUUGAAUGCUGUGGCCAUAGAAUUGAGCACUUCACAAUCAGUAUGUGCCGGGACGGAGAACAAGCUGAGCACACUUUCUGACUUGGAGCAGCAGUACCGCAACCUGCGCAAGAAUUACGAGAAUUGUGAAGUGGUCAUGGGAAACCUGGAAAUUACCAACAUUGACCGCAACAGAGACCUGUCCUUCUUAAGGUCCAUUCGAGAAGUGACCGGCUAUGUUCUGGUAGCUCUUAACCAGUUUGAAUACUUACCCCUGGAGAACCUGCGCAUCAUUCGUGGGACCAAACUUUACGAAGAUCGCUACUCUUUAUCCAUCUUCCUCAACUACCGGAAGGAGGGAAACUUUGGGCUACGAGAAUUGGGGCUGAAGAAUCUUACAGAAAUCCUGAAUGGAGGAGUGUACAUGGUCCAGAAUAAGUUCUUAUGCCACGCUGACACCAUUCACUGGCAAGACAUUGUGCGAAGUCCAAGAGCUGAGGUCCUCGUUCCAACAAAUGGAAGUGCAGGAUGUGGGAAAUGCCACAAGUCAUGUACUGGACGCUGCUGGGGCCCAAACGAAUUCCAGUGCCAGAUCUUAACAAAGACGGUGUGUGCAGAGCAGUGUGAUGGCCGAUGUUUCGGGCCCUACGUCAGCGACUGCUGCCAUCGAGAGUGUGCGGGAGGCUGCGCCGGACCCAAGGACACCGACUGCUUUGCCUGCACCAACUUCAAUGACAGUGGCGCGUGUGUCACGCAUUGCCCUUUGCCUUUUGUCUACAACCCCACCACUUUCCAGACCGAGCACAAUCCCAAGGCCAAGUACACGUAUGGGGCAUUCUGUGUCAAGAAGUGUCCACAUAAUUUUGUAGUGGAUAUGAGCUCUUGCGUUCGUGCCUGUCCAAGCAAUAAAAUGGAAGUGGAAGAGAAGGGCAUCAAGAUGUGUAAGCCCUGCACAGACAUCUGUCCCAAAGCAUGUGAUGGCAUCGGGACGGGCUCCUUACAGUCUGCCCAAACUGUAGAUUCCAGCAACAUCGACAAGUUUGUCAACUGCACAAAGAUCAACGGGAACCUCGUCUUUCUCAUCACUGGCAUUGAAGGGGAUGCCUAUCAUAAUAUUGAGGCCCUGGAUCCAGAAAAACUAAAUGUGUUUCGGACUGUUCGGGAGAUUACAGGGUAUCUGAACAUCCAGUCCUGGCCGAAAAACAUGUCCGAUUUCAGUGUAUUCUCCAACCUGGCGACCAUAGGAGGCCGAGUUCUCUACAGCGGGAUCUCAUUGCUGAUUUUGAAACAACAGUGGAUUUCAUCUCUUCAGCUGCAGUCCCUUCAGGAGAUCAGUGCAGGAAAUGUCUACCUGACAGACAACCACCUCCUCUGCUACUACCACACCAUCAACUGGACCAGCCUGUUUAGGACCAACUCCCAGAAGUCCAUCAUCCGCAACAACCGCAACCCCAGCAACUGCACUGCCGAGAAGAUGGUGUGCGACCCCUUGUGUUCUGACCAUGGCUGCUGGGGUCCUGGUCCAGACCAGUGUCUCUUUUGCCGAUACUUCAGCAGAGGGAAGACCUGCAUUGAGUCGUGCAAUCUUUACGAAGGGGAUUUCCGGGAGUUUGCCAACGCAUCAGUCUGCAUCGAGUGUGACUCGCAGUGUGAGAAGACUGAAGGGAACACGCUGACCUGCCAUGGCCCGGGGCCAGACUACUGCACUAAUUGUGCUCACUUCAAGGAUGGUCCUAACUGUGUGGAGAAAUGCCCUGAUGGCCUACAAGGUACCAACAGCUUCAUUUUCAAAUAUGCUGAAGCUAACAACGAAUGCCAUCCUUGUCACUUUAACUGCACACAGGGGUGUAGAGGACCUACUAGUGGUGACUGCAUUUUUUAUCCCUGGAUGGGUCAUUCCAUUUUACCACAACAUGCUAGAACUCCUCUGAUUGCGGCCGGAGUGAUCGGUGUGCUCUUCGUGGUGGUUAUCGUGGCCCUGAGUGUCGCCGUUUACAUCCGCCGGAAGAGUAUCAAGAAGAAGAGAGCGCUGCGGAGGUUCUUGGAAACGGAGCUGGUGGAGCCCCUCACUCCUAGUGGCACGGCGCCCAACCAAGCACAGCUCCGCAUCCUGAAAGAAACGGAACUGAAGCGCAUCAAAAUACUUGGCUCAGGUGCCUUUGGGACAGUCUAUAAGGGGAUCUGGGUGCCUGAAGGUGAAUCGGUGAAGAUACCGGUGGCCAUCAAGAUCCUAAAUGAAACAACAGGACCAAAGGCCAACGUGGAGUUUAUGGAUGAGGCUCUGAUAAUGGCCAGCAUGGACCAUCCCCACCUGGUGCGCCUUCUGGGGGUCUGCCUCAGCCCCACAAUUCAACUGGUGACGCAGCUGAUGCCCCACGGCUGCCUGCUGGAGUACGUCCACGAGCACAAGGACAACAUCGGCUCCCAGCUGCUGCUUAACUGGUGUGUCCAGAUUGCCAAGGGUAUGAUGUACCUGGAGGAGCGACGUCUGGUGCACCGUGACCUGGCUGCCCGUAACGUCCUGGUUAAAUCGCCAAAUCACAUCAAGAUCACCGACUUUGGUCUGGCCCGGCUCCUGGAUGCAGAGGAGAAAGAGUACAACGCAGACGGAGGCAAGAUGCCGAUUAAAUGGAUGGCACUGGAAUGCAUUCACUACCGGAAAUUCACACACCAAAGUGACGUCUGGAGUUAUGGUGUUACUAUCUGGGAGCUCAUGACAUUUGGUGGCAAACCCUACGAUGGCAUUCCGACGCGGGAAAUCCCAGAUCUGCUGGAGAAAGGAGAACGGCUUCCGCAGCCGCCGAUUUGCACCAUUGACGUCUACAUGGUCAUGGUUAAAUGCUGGAUGAUCGAUGCCGACAGCAGACCGAAGUUCAAAGAACUGGCAGCUGAAUUUUGCAGGAUGGCCCGUGAUCCGCAGCGCUACCUGGUCAUACAGGGUGAUGACCGCAUGAAACUGCCAAGCCCCAAUGACAGCAAGUUCUUCCAGAGCCUCUUGGAUGAAGAAGGCCUCGAAGAUGUCAUGGAUGCCGAGGAGUACCUGGUACCUCAGGCCUUCAACAUUCCUCCUCCAGUCUACACCUCGAGGCCAAGAAUGGACUCAAAUCGGAGUCAAAAUGGACACAGCCCUCCUCCCGCCUACACCCCAAUGUCUGGAAACCAGUUUGCAUACCGUGAAGGAGUAUAUCAUCCCGAAGACAUAAUCCCACCCCAGGCAAGGCCAGUACCACCGUGCACUGCCCCAGAGGUGCCUACCGUGCAAGGGGCUGCCCUGGAGAUGUUUGAAGAAACGCGCUGCAAUGGUACGCUGAGGAAACAGGUGCCACCUCGGCCAUCAGAAGACACUAAUGCCCAGAGGUACAGUGCGGACCCCACUGUAUUCCUGGCAGAGCGUGGACUCCGAGGCGAAAUGGACGAGGAUGGGUACAUGACGCCCAUGCAUGACAAGCCAUCCACAGAUUAUCUCAAAACAGUUGAGGAAAACCCCUUUGUUACCCGCAAAAAGAAUGGAGAUGUCCAUGCACUGGAUAAUCCUGGGUACCAAAGUGCCCCUAAUGGACAACCCAAGGUAGAGGAUGAGUAUAUCAACGAGCCCCUGUACCUCAACACAUUCCACAAUAAGGUGGAGAAUAAAGAAUACCUGAAGAACAAUGGAGUUCCUACCAACAGUAUUGGAGACCAUAAACCCAAGAAAACCUUCGACAAUCCCGAGUACUGGCACCACAGUCUUCCUCCGAAAGCCAAGCUUCACAAUCCGGAAUACCUACAGGAAUGCAGCACCAAGUUUUUCUACAAACAGAACGGCCGCAUCCGACCUGUGGUGGCAGAAAAUCCCGAGUACCUGACGGAGUUCUCGUUGAAACCCGGGACUUUACUGCCCCCUCCACCGUACAGGCAGAGAAACACGGUGGUGUAACGUCUGAGGUGCUACACUGCCCAGAGGAAGACUGCUGUGUCUGUGUUUGUUUCCCCCGCACAAUAUAUCCGAGAUCAAACUGGAACAAAAU